GAUUUUUUUGUUCUUCUACCUUGUCAAUAUCCGUUUCAAAUUUAUAGCUCCCUAGAGGUCACAGGUCAUGAGACCACGAAUCCAAUUUAUAUACAUUCUGCCUCUACGGGUUUGUCGGUCCGAGUAAAUUAUUGCUAUAGAGCCACUGAAUAUAAGAAUCCAUGUUCUAUCGCUUUCUGUGAAUUUAUUCCAUAGAAAUCGAGAAAGCAAAAGUGCUCUUUUGCCAACAUGUAUAUGAACAAUCAGUUACAAGCAACUCUGCUCAUAAUUGCAGGAAUCCAAAAUGUGUAUGCACAGCAAGCUGCAUGGGGCCAGUGUGGAGGGACAGGCUGGACCGGCGCAACGACUUGUGCAUCGGGUUAUGUGUGUACCUAUUCUAAUCCAUACUAUUCCCAAUGCCUUCCCGGCACCGCAUCAGCACCAACAACGAUUGUGACAACGCCAGCUACGACCACUGCUGGCACACCAACUACUACGUUUUCCACAACUACUACCACUGGUGUAGCCUCGUACCCGGGAGCUACUCUCCAAAGUGGUUACUAUUGGAUUCGUGCUGUUGAAUCCCCAAACUUUCAUUCCUACCUCCAAGCCUCCCCAACUGCUAAGCCAGGCACUGCUCUCCUAGCCGACAGAUCCACUGCCGGCCAAUACCAAAUCGUAUCUGGUCAGCUAAUUCAGUUGAUCGCACCCAACACGUUCCUUUAUGCCAACGUUCAACAACCCACGAAUUCAUCUGCUGUUAGAUUAUCCAUGACGUUUAAUACCACCCAAAAUACGUUUGGUACGUUUGCAUUUAGUGGAGAUGCGGUAACAUGGAGUGUAGCUAGCAUCAGUAGACCAAAUUUAAGUGCGUGGUUGGUUUGUGGCGCUCAGGAGUUGUGGAUCAAUCUAGGAAAUUACGCAUAUCUGACGCCAACGGGGUGCGUAGACGAGACAAUUCAUUAUUUCAAUGGAGCAACUGUUGAUUAGGAGAUUGAUGACGCACAAGCAAAGAGCUAGGAAGGUAAUUUCUAUGAGA